GAGCGCAAGAAGGAGAAGACCAACAGAGACCGACCCGCAGCCAGUCCAGUCACUGAAGCCCCGAUCCUUCCCCAGAAACGCGGCGACUACAUCUCCUAAACUACACCCAGCCCGGCGCUAACUCGCUCUUUAACACUCGCAACAUCUGGAGGAGGACUGGAAAAGCCGGCGCUGCCCGCAGCUGCACCUUUUUUUUUCUUUCUCUUCUUUUUUUCCCCCUGCGCGGCCAGGAGAAAGUGCCGCGUCCUUAGAAAUUAGAAGUUGAAAGAGAAAGGAGAGUGAGAGAGUUGGCAGACGGACGACUGAUUCUCGCUUCGAGUACAAGGACCACUAACAGGGAGGUGAAUGGACCUCCACCGCCCCUUCAAGAUGGACAGCCCCUCCUACCUGCCAGCUCCACUGGCCUCCCCCGCCCUGAUGGUCCUUGCGUCCACUGCCGAGGCCGGCCGAGAUGCCUCCGUCCCCUGCCAGGCUCCGAGGCCCUUCGGUGUCCCAGCCUCCGUGGAGAAAGACCUCCAGCUUCCCUUCCCCUCAGCCUCUUACACCUUCACCUCCAUGUAUCAGCGCCAGGGCCCCAUGUCAGGCACCUUUCCCUCUAGAGACUUCCCAGCCUCCCUGCUCCAUCUGCACCCCCAGUUCACCCCACCAAACCUGGACUGCUCCACCCUGAGCAUGCUCAACCACAGCGGGGUAGGCGCCUUCCGACCCUUCUCCUCCCCGCAAGAGGACAGGGAGUCUGGGGUGUAUCAGUCGGCUUUCACCCCUGCCAAGAGGCUGAAAAGCUGCUUCCCUGAGGUGGAGGGGAAGGAGUUUGACUUCGGCUCCCCGGGAGGUUCCCUCAAAGCUGGGGAAGACUCUGGGAGGAAGCUGUUCUCCAUGUCCGGCCUGCUGUCUGAUGGAGAGGCUUCAUCGAGCCCAGAGGAGCGCAAAGAGCACAGUAAAGUGAAGGGUCUGUAUGACACUCAGGCCCCAGUUUGUCCAGUCUGCCAGGCUGUUCUGCGACCAGGAGAGCUGCAAGACCACAUGGAGCAGGAGUUGUCCAAACUCGCUCAGCUACAAAUCAGUGCCACUCCGGUGCAGCAUGAGCACCUCAUAAGGACGCCGAAGUCUCUCUCGCUGUCUCUGCACAUCAAGCGUGAAGGAGGUUCUCCCACCUCGCCCCCUCGACCGUCUGAGGACACCCACUCUGACCGAUACCAGACGUUUCUUCGUGUGAGGGCCAACAGACACACCAGACUAAACGUCGAUGACCUCUGCUGGUGCAGGUGCUACGUCAAAUCUGCCCCAUUACGCCCCCACAGCGCAGGAGCCCACCUAGACUGCACACAAGCUGUCAGGAUCGGGAAGCUGAAGAGGAGGAAACCAGAAGAGGGACAGGAGGGCUCAGUUGACCUGGUGCCAUUGGAGGAUGAGUGGAAUGAGAGGAGAAGGAUACACAUGACGUCUGUAGUCGGAGGUUUUAAAGGUGCAGUCCUGGUGAGCACCACUUCUAAGGAGUGUCGAGACAGCGACGCAGACCUGGAUGUGGAUGGAGAUGAUACGCUGGAGUACGGCAGAGCACAAUACACUGAGACAGAUGUCAUCCCCUGCUCAGGAGAAAGCUCCAAGGAGACAACAGUGAACAGCACCAGCGGCAGCAGCAGCAGCAGCAGCAGCAGCAGCACGUUACUGGACUCCAGAGUAAACCUAGAAUUUUCCAAAUGGUCAAACAACGGGAGUCCAUCUACCAGCAGUGGAGACAAAGUGGACGGCAGCAUGUCUGGUCUCCCCAGAACCUGCAAAAACACUGAGAUUGAAACGCUCUCAGAGGACUCCACACUGACAACUCUGGAUGCACUUAAAGCUCGGAUACGGGAUUUGGAGAAACAGUUGUCUAAAGGAGACAGAUUUAAAUGCCUCAUCUGCAUGGACACAUACACGACCCCUCUCACCUCCAUCCAGUGCUGGCAUGUUCACUGUGAGGAGUGUUGGCUUCGAACUCUUGGAGCAAAGAAGUUGUGUCCUCAGUGCAACACCAUCACCUCACCUGGAGACCUGAGGCGAGUCUUCCUGUGAUGUAACCACACACAAAACGAGGGGAGGGGCCUCCAAUCAGGGGUGGACUUGUGCGCAGCUGGCCUGUCAUAGACUCCGAUCCUCCUCUUCCUCAUACCUUUCUGGUCCUACCUGUUCGUCACUGUACUCCUAACAGCCACUAAUCCCUGAACAGAACAGAAAGUGUGACCUCCCUCCACAGCCCUGUACAGUAUCCACGUUCCUGCCGCAUCGACGCCAACCAGAUCAGAAGAAACAUCGAAACACCGACUGAGAGCUCAGGCACUGAAAUACAGAUUUAAAAAAAAGAUGCUUUGGGAUAAUAUUCAUCGUUUUGUAAUCCUCUUUUUUCUGUUUUAUGAGGAAAAAACAGCUAAAUCACAUGCAAAGCACAUGUACAUAGUUUUGUGUAUGUUUGGAUUGGUGUGUAUAUAUGAUGUUGACAAGCAGAACAACCACACUUUAUUUACUGUACAGACUUUGUCUUUGCUUAGAUCAUUUAUUAUUUGUGUAGCUCCUGUAGGGUGGAAACAUUUGCAGUAAUCUCAACAUAUUCAGGCUCAUUUUGUCUUCGUCACUGACGUGUUUCUUUGUAUAGGCUCAUUAAAUCUAAUUUUACCAAUGUUAAUACAAUAAAACGUCCAAC